CCCGCUGCGGCCCGAGGCCCGCGCCUGGCCCGGGCCUGGCCUCCAGCCGCGCCCCCCACGCCCACCCCGGUCCGGCCGCCGCGCCGCCUGUUCUUUGUUACAGUCGCGGCCGCGGGCGCCGUGGGCGAUCGGAGUCAAAACCCGGCUGGAUUCCGGAGCCGCUCCGGGAUCGCCCUGCGCCCGCCGGGUUCCGCCGCCGCGGGCUUGGCCUCUGCCCUAAGUGCCGGGCCUGGCUACGGCGCGCCCGGCCCGUGCCAACUGCCCGCCGCGUGCUCGGCCCACGCCAACCGGCGCCAGGCUGCCCACUUGCAGGCUCGGCGACCCCCGCCCGGUCGCGGGAUCAAGCGCUGCGCCCCCAGUGCUCCCAGGCCCAGAGGCCACAGCCAGGCCCUGCGUGGCUGCGAGCUCAGUCCCUACAGUCCCUUCCCGGCUACCCGGCCGCCUUACCCGGUUUUCGGGCACAGCCCAGGGAGGGGCCUUGGUCUCCAACCCCUUUGGCGUUUAAGAAAGUCCGAGGCUGUGCCGUGGCUCCCAGGCCCUGGCGUCUUACUCGUCUCUACCUUUUGGUGGCCCAGGGAUUAUGGUGGCAAGACUGGCUGGAGACAUGUGCCCGCCUACUAUCUGGGAAGAGGGUGGACAAGUGGGGCCAGGGCCAGGUGGAGCCUGCGUGCUCCCGAGGUAUCAGCAAUGGCUGAAGAUGGCAGUGAGGAGAUCAUGUUUAUCUGGUGUGAAGACUGCAGCCAGUACCAUGACUCAGAGUGUCCUGAACUGGGACCUGUGGUCAUGGUCAAGGACUCCUUUGUGCUGAGCAGGGCAAGGUCCUCCCUCCCCUCUAACCUGGAGAUCAGGCGCCUGGAUGACGGGGCUGAAGGUGUGUUUGCAGUGACCCAGCUAGUCAAGCGCACACAAUUUGGUCCAUUUGAGUCCAGAAGGGUCGCCAAGUGGGAGAAGGAAUCUGCAUUUCCUCUGAAGGUAUUUCAGAAGGAUGGGCAUCCUGUGUGCUUUGACACUUCCAACGAGGAUGACUGCAACUGGAUGAUGCUAGUGCGACCAGCACUAGAGCCUGGGCACCAGAACCUGACAGCCUACCAGCAUGGCAGUGACGUGUACUUCACCACCUCAAAGGACAUUCCUGCAGGCACUGAACUGCGUGUGUGGUAUGCUGCCUUUUAUGCCAAGAAGAUGGACAAGCCCAUGCUAAAGCAGGCCUGCUCCAGUGUUCAGGCUGCAGGCACCCCUGAGCCCAGUGUCACUGUGGAGCCUGAGCGUGCCCAGUGGGUGUGUAAGGUGUGUUCCAACACCUUCCUGGAGCUUCAGCUCCUGAACGAGCAUCUCUUGGGCCACCUGGAGCAAUCCAAAAGCCUCCCUGCAGGUGGCCAGCAGCAAGAGGCAGCUUCUGAGAAGGAGCCUGAUGCACCCAGGAUGGAGCCUCCUACAGCAGUUGAGAGCAAGAGUAUGCAGAGUGCCACAGUCACCAAAGAGCCAAAGAAAAAGCCUCGAAGGGGGAGGAAACCCAAAGCAUCCAAGGUUGAGCAGCCUCUGGUCAUUAUCAAAGACAAGGAGCCUGCAGAGCAUGUGGCAGAGAUCAUAACCGAGGUCCCCCCCGAUGAGCCUGUGAACGCAACACCAGAUGAACGGAUAAUGGAGUUAGUCUUGGGGAAGCUGGCCACCCCCACAAGUGAAGCCAGCUCAGUGCCAAAGUUCUUACAUCAUCCAAGCAGCACCAUUGCCCUCAAGAGGGGCUUGGUUCUGUCCAGCAGACAUGGCGUCCGGCGGAAGCUCGUUCGACAGCUGGGUGAGCAUAAACGCAUCCAUCAGUGUGGCACCUGCAGCAAGGUCUUCCAGAACAGCAGCAACCUGAGCCGGCACGUGCGCUCGCACGGUGAGUGCGCGCACGGUGACAAGUUGUUUAAAUGUGAGGAAUGUUCGAAAUUGUUCAGCCGUAAGGAAAGUCUAAAGCAACAUGUUUCCUACAAGCACAGCCGGAAUGAGGUGGACGGUGAGUACCGCUACCGCUGUGGCAGCUGUGGGAAGACGUUCCGAAUGGAGAGUGCACUGGAGUUCCACAACUGUAGGACAGAUGACAAGACGUUCCAAUGUGAGAUGUGUUUCAGAUUCUUCUCCACCAACAGCAACCUCUCUAAGCACAAGAAGAAACAUGGGGACAAGAAGUUUGCCUGUGAGGUCUGCAGUAAGAUGUUCUACCGCAAGGAUGUCAUGCUGGACCACCAGAGGCGGCACUUGGAUGGUGUGCGGCGGGUGAAGAGAGAAGACUUGGAGGCCAGCGGGGAAAGCCUGGUUCGUUACAAGAAGGAACCUUCUGGAUGUCCAGUGUGUGGCAAGGUGUUCUCUUGCCGGAGCAACAUGAACAAGCACCUGCUGACCCACGGUGACAAGAAGUACACCUGCGAGAUCUGUGGGCGCAAGUUCUUCCGAGUGGACGUACUCAGGGACCACAUUCAUGUCCACUUCAAGGACAUCGCGCUGAUGGAUGACCACCAGCGGGAGGAGUUCAUUGGCAAGAUUGGGAUCUCCUCAGAGGAGAACGAUGACAACUCUGAUGAGAGUGCAGAUUCUGAGCCACACAAGUACAGCUGCAAGAGGUGCCAGCUCACUUUCGGCCGUGGGAAGGAAUACCUGAAGCACAUCAUGGAGGUUCACAAGGAGAAGGGCCAUGGCUGCAGCAUCUGCCACCGACGCUUUGCACUCAAGGCUACUUACCACGCCCACAUGGUCAUCCACCGAGAGAACCUGCCUGACCCCAACGUGCAGAAGUACAUUCACCCCUGCGAGAUCUGUGGGCGGAUCUUCAACAGCAUCGGGAACUUGGAGCGCCACAAACUCAUCCACACAGGUGUGAAAAGCCAUGCCUGUGAGCAGUGUGGAAAGUCCUUUGCCAGGAAGGACAUGCUGAAAGAGCACAUGCGUGUGCAUGACAACAUCCGGGAGUACCUGUGUGCCGAAUGCGGGAAAGGUAUGAAGACCAAGCAUGCACUACGCCACCAUAUGAAGCUGCACAAAGGCAUCAAGGAGUAUGAGUGCAAGGAAUGUCACCGCAAGUUUGCACAGAAGGUCAACAUGCUCAAGCACUACAAACGGCAUACAGGAAUUAAAGACUUCAUGUGUGAGUUAUGUGGGAAGACAUUCAGUGAGAGGAAUACAAUGGAGACACACAAGCUCAUCCACACAGUAGGCAAGCAGUGGACUUGUUCCGUGUGUGACAAGAAGUACGUCACGGAGUACAUGCUUCAGAAACACGUACAGCUCACCCAUGACAAGGUGGAAGCACAGAGCUGCCAGCUGUGUGGCACCAAGGUGUCCACCCGGGCCUCCAUGAGCAGACACAUGCGGCGCAAGCACCCCGAGGUCCUCGCUGUUCGGAUUGACGAUCUGGACCACCUCCCCGAGACCACCACCAUCGAUGCAUCCUCCAUCGGCAUUGUCCAGCCUGCACUGGGCCUAGAGCAGGAGGAACUGGCAGAAGGUAAGCAUGGAAAGGCUGCCAAACGCAGCCACAAGAGAAAGCAGAAGCCAGAGGAAGAGGCAGGGGCCGCAGUGCCUGAGGACACCACCUUCAGCGAAUACCCCGAGAAGGAGCCAGAGUUCACAGGCAGUGUGGGUGACGAGACAAACUCUGCCGUACAGAGCAUCCAGCAGGUGGUGGUGACCCUAGGGGACCCCAAUGUGACUGCUCCAUCAAGCUCUGUUGGCCUAACCAACAUCACCGUGACCCCCAUCACCACUGCAGCUGGAACUCAGUUUACCAAUUUACAGCCAGUGGCUGUUGGACAUCUUACCAACCCUGAACGCCAGCUACAACUAGAUAACUCCAUCCUGACUGUGACCUUUGACACUGUCAGUGGCUCCGCCAUGUUGCACAACCGUCAAAAUGAUGUCCAGAUCCACCCACAGCCAGAAGCCACAAACCCUCAGUCAGUGGCUCACUUUAUCAACCUCACCACCCUGGUAAACUCCAUCACACCCUUGGGGAACCAGCUCAGUGAGCAGCACCCACUCACCUGGCGAGCUGUGCCCCAGACAGAUGUACUGCAGCCGCCACAGGCCCCUGCAGCCCCGCAGCAGGCGGUGCAACCCCAGGUCCAGAAUGAGCAGCAGCAGAUGUAUAGCUACUGAUCUGUGGCUGCAGAACCGGCUGAGCUGCAGCCGGCGGGGGCUCUGAGGUCUUGAGGUGUUUGCUGGAUACCAAACAGGGAGGGUGUCCGCAUGUCAAGAUCACAGAGGUUAGCAUCACAGAGUUACCUGUCCGCUUUUGGCAAGCAGGUGCUUCUACCACGUGUUCCCCCAAGGUGGUACAGCCUGGCCAGACCAUAAGUGUCACCCUCAGAGGUCUAUAAUUGUCAUGGGGCUCAGGGACACAGGUAGCAGGAUCCUAAAAGCAGGAAUGAUAUCCCAAGGACCAGGGAGACUUGCUCUGUUUUCUUUAGCACUCCAGUGAGAUACUGAAACAUGGCUAGCCUUCUCAGGCAAUGCAGACGCAAACCCAGGUUUAUCCUUGCUCCUGGAUUCUCAAGCAGGGAGAAGUUAAGUAACUCUUCUUCUGAAGUCUCAGUUCAUAUAUCACAGAGCUGUGGCCCGAGGCCUCCUGUAGGAAGUAUCUUGAGGCCCCCAGCUCAGGCACAAAAGACAUCUUGGGAACAUCUAUUGAUUGAUUUUUAUAAACAGUCUGUUUUAUUUCAUAACCACGUUAUGUAUUAUGGCCCUCUUGUGGCGUAUUGAUUUCUAUUAUUUUAAUAUGAUAAAGUCGUUUGCACUGUAGGGUGUUGGUCCCUGUCCAGUUGUGCACAGAUGCCUUUCGAGAGGCCCCACACAGUUGUGUGCAAAGUGAGCCCUCACGCUUGAAUCCCAGUGCUCCUCCAGAGCUAUCUCAGGACUCUGCCAUCUACACAUGUGUCACGGUGCAGCGUAGCCACACCCUGAGUGAAGGAUGGGGAGUGAACCCAUGUCUUCUUUCUGUGUAAGCCUUAAUUCCAAAGGUGGCUGUAUCUAAAGACCAAUUUCCUAUGAAAUGGAGAGGUUCAGCUCUACAGGAGAGAAGCGUAGCUAGUGACUUAAGAAACCUGAGAGGUGCUUUCCUGUGGCGGUGAGGGCAGAAGAGGUCAUCAUGACAGUGGAUUUAAACUGGCCACACCCAGCUCUGAGGGGAGCAUGGCUAGCACAGACCUGUGCUGUCCCAGUGGCAACAGGCCAGGCUGCCAUCAUAGGUCCACAGCCCAGCCAGGGACACGGAGAGGCGAGGUGAGGAGAGAGUUUGGUCUCACUCUCAUCAGAUUUUAAUGUCAUACAAAAGAAGAACUUAAAGAUGAACUUGCCUUACUUUGUCCUUGGUCCCAUGUUCCCUGGAUGUAUUCAUAUGUGGGCAGCCAUCCUGCAGAGAUGGCUACUAACCAGCAGUGGACAAGGCAAGUUGCAGUCAGCCUGAUGUCAGACAAGAUGCCACUUUCUCAAUACCUCAUUCCAGAGAGCAAGCUUUGAGGAUGAGGCUGGAGCUUGUGUUUCACAUUUGGAGCAUAAGGAGGAGGUGACACUGGAGGACAGGUCUGCAGGUCUACGGUCACCUGGCCACACCCUCUCCACACCCACACAGGCCAGUCCCACCUCUUGGCAGAUGGCACGCUGGGAAUUCGUGGACGUUUUAAUUUAUGACAGCUGUUUUUAUCUUAUUUAUGUGUAUAAUUAACUACUUUGUACACAGUACCCUAAUGAAAUGAACUGUUUCAUUCGGCCUAGGGGUGAACUGUUUUCUAAAAUACAGCUUUUGUUCUCCAAAUAAAACUAUUCCUGGAAGCUGUGGGCAGUUCAUAGUUCUACACUGUUUUUUAAAAAAAUCCAACCACAAUUCCUCUGCCUUUACAGCCUCAGAGAUGCCUGAGCUCAGCCCAGAUGAGCACUGGGCUCAAGCAGACAUCACUAGCGGUUGACUUCUAUUCUCUUCCCACUGAAAGAAAGGCCUUUGAAAUCACAUUUUUAUUUUUUAAAGAUGUAUUUGUGUGCCUACAGCCAGGUCGUCAGAUCCUGUUGAAAGACAGAGCUUAGGUUGUACAGUCUCUCCUGCGCCUCUGUGUGCUUAAAUAUACAGAGGCGUCUGCUUCCUGCUGUUGUAAGCAGGAACUCAGAUAAAACCAGCCUUUCUCCCCAAGUGUCUGGGACACACAGUCUCACCAGUCAUUGAGACAAAAAGGUUGUUUUAGCAUAGUUACAGCUAUUCUGCAUAUAGCAACUGGAUAGCAAAACAAAGGCAUCUCCACACUCCAGGUGCCCUGCAUACAUAAACCAUUGUUAAUUGGUAGGAAGUGUUCAGGAGUUUUGUUUUGUUUUUUUAAAUCUGGUCUAAAGUGGGCAUAGCUAUGUGUCCAGCAAGCCCUGUGACUAUGUCUAGGUUCACAUAAAUAAAUGUACCAGACUUUGUUUACACCUUGUGAAUGAUAAUGCUAUAGGGUCACAUGUCAUGACAGGAUCAAUCUUACAGUUGCAGCCUGGGUUCCAUCCUCUGGGACGGUGUUAGCGAGUGAUACAUUCUCAGGGAAAGGGUCUGUACCAGGUGCCCUCUCCUGUGUCAGGCAUGAAAGCCUGCUGGAGAGUGGCCCUUCAUGAAAGGCAGAGCUUUCCUCCUCCACACCAUUCUCAGUCGGUGUCCAGGCAGAGGCCAUGCCCGUGGCCCCCAUGGAGUCUGAGGGUUGUGGAAGGCCGUUCUGUAACUCCGGGUGUCUCAUGUCACAUCUGUGUGUAUGGGGGUAAAUAAAGGUGCUGUGACCUGUGUCUCA